UCUUUCCCAUACAAGAAUCCAUACAUAUCACUACUCCCAGUGACAUCCCACUUUCUUCUUUCAAAAAGAGAAGCUUUUCUCCUCUUUUCUAUCUUUCUCUUUCCUUCCUUGCAUUCUCCCCCUCUCUCUAUCUCCUUCUCAUUCUCUCCUACUCAAGGAAAUGGCGAUGUUUCUCUUCUUCCUUUUCCUUGCCUACGUUUUUUUCUUCCACACCAACGCUCAGAUGCCUGGUUUUGUAAGCAUUGAUUGUGGAGGUGUGGACCAGUUUACAGAUGAUCUUGGGAUAGAGUGGGUUCCUGAUAUUCAGUUCUAUGGCCAGAGAGCUAAAUUAUCUAUCCCAAGUGAGAAUCGGAAGCAAUAUACAACCCUGAGAUACUUCCCUGCUGAUGAUUGGAAGUAUUGUUAUACAUUUAAUGUCACAUCAAGAUCUCGGUACCUUGUAAGAGCAACAUUCUUAUAUGGAAAUUUUGACAGUAGUAAUGUUUAUCCGAAGUUUGAUAUCUCUCUUGGAGCGACUCAUUGGUCGACAAUUGUCAUAUCUGAUGCUACCACCAUGGAAGUUCGAGAGCUCAUCUUGUUGGCUUCUUCUCCUACAAUCAGUGUGUGCCUGUCUAAUGCCACAACCGGGCAGCCAUUCAUUUCUACCCUUGAGCUCCGACAGUUCAAUGGUUCAAUUUAUUAUACAGACUUUGAAACUAAGUUCUUUCUCAGUGUGUCUGCAAGAAUAAACUUUGGUUCCGUGAGUGAUGAUCCUGUCAGGUACCCAGAUGAUCCUUUUGACAGAAUAUGGGAAUCUGAUUCUUUGAAGAAAGCAAAUUACCUAGUUGAUGUUGCACCUGGGACAGAGAAAAUAUCGACCGUUUUGCCGAUUGACGUCAACAGAGAUGAAAGACCACCAGAAAAAGUAAUGCAGACAGCUGUAGUCGGUAGAAAUGGAACUUUGACUUACCGGUUAAACUUGGAUGGUUUUCCAGGCUCUGGUUGGGCAUUCUGUUACUUUGCCGAAAUUGAAGAACUGAGUGCAAAAGACAGCAGGAAAUUUAGGCUUCACCUACCAGGCAUGCCUGAAGUCAGCAAAGCUUCUGUUGAUAUCGAAGAAAAUGCUCAAGGGAGAUAUCGGUUGUAUGAACCGGGAUUUACCAACUUAUCACUCCCUUUUGUCUUAUCGUUUUCAUUCAUGAAAGCAUCAGAUUCAUCCAUGGGACCCCUGUUGAAUGCUAUGGAGAUAAAUAAAUACCUAGAGAUAAAUUAUGGUUCUCAAGAUGCAACGCUUAUUGCUAGCUUAACUUCACGCUUCUCACUAGAGGCUUGGGCACAAGAAGGUGGCGAUCCCUGCCUACCAGUUCCUCUGUCAUGGGUGCAGUGUAAUUUGGAUCCACAGCCGAGGAUAGUAUCAAUUUUUUUGUCUGGGAAGAAUUUGACAGGGGAUAUUCCAUUGGAAUUCACCAAGUUGACAGGCUUAAUUGAGUUAUGGCUUAACGGGAACUUGCUCGCUGGCCCUAUACCUGAUUUUACUGGAUGCCCAAAUUUGAAGAAAAUUCAUCUGGAGAACAAUCAGCUGACCGGUCCAAUUCCUUCCUCUUUGGUGAACCUAGAAAGUUUAAGCGAACUAUACUUGCAGAAUAAUUCAUUAUCUGGUACUGUGCCUCGGGGUCUUCUUAGUAAGAAUCUGCUUUCAAACUUCUCUGGAAACAAGAAUCUUCAUUAUGGGAAGAGUGAAGGUAACCACAUUAAAAUCAUUAUUGGUUCAACAGUUGGGGCAGCCAUUCUGCUUUUGGCUGUUAUGGCAUCUUUGCUGUUUAUGUGUCGGAGAAAGAAGAGAGCUUCUGAAGAAGAACUUACUGCCCUGCCUUCCCAGAAGCUAGUUUCAUUUUUAACUGAUGCUGCUACAGAAACAGCACACAGCUUUACAUUAUCUGAAAUUGAAGACGUGACAGCAAAAUUUGGAAAGCGUAUUGGUUCUGGUGGCUAUGGAGUAGUAUAUUACGGAAAGAUGAAAGAUGGAAAGGAAAUUGCAGUUAAAGUUCUAACCAGUGAUACCUACCAGGGGAAGCGUGAAUUUUCAAAUGAGGUGUCACUGCUUUCAAGAAUACAUCACAGAAACCUGGUUCAAUUUCUUGGCUACUGCCAAGAAGAAGGGAGAAACAUCCUUGUUUAUGAGUUUAUGCAUAAUGGAACUUUAAAAGAGCAUCUAUACGGCCCUUUAAUUCAGGACAGAGCUAUGGAUUGGAUCAAGCGCCUUGAGAUUGCUGAAGAUGCUGCGAAAGGGAUCGAGUACCUUCAUACGGGCUGUGUUCCACCGAUCAUUCAUAGGGACCUGAAAACCAGCAACAUCCUUCUUGACAAGAACAUGAGAGCAAAGGUUGCAGAUUUUGGUCUGUCCAAACUUUCAGUGGAAGGAUCAACGCAUGUCACCAGCAUAGUCCGAGGAACUGUUGGGUAUCUAGAUCCUGAGUAUUAUGUUUCUCAGCAUUUAACAGACAGGAGUGAUGUUUACAGCUUUGGUGUCAUUCUCCUUGAGCUGGUUACAGGUCGAGAAGCAUUAUCUAAUGAGAGUUUUGGCCCUAACUGCCGCAACAUAGUCCAAUGGGCAAAGUCACAAGUUGAGAAUGGAAAUGUCCGGGGUAUCAUCGAUCCCUCAUUGGGAGGUGGGUUCAAACUUCAAUCCAUGUGGAAGAUUACUGAGAAGGCAUUACUGUGUGUCCAACCCAAUGGAAGGCUAAGGCCACCAAUAUCGGAAGUGCUCAAGGAGAUCCAAGAGGCACUACUAAUUGAGAGGAGAUCGGAGUUGGGUGAAGAAGGUGACUCUGGUACAAUUGAGUCCGCGCAUUCUGCAUCCCAUGCAGGCAGCCAGGACUUGGGUGUGUUUGAGCCCUAUAUUUCUUAUGAAGACCCUGUUGCAAUCCCAACAGCCCGAUAAGUUAGCUGCUCUGGACCGGCUAUUCUGACUAUUUCUUUGGAGUAAGUUAUGCAGAAUUGGUUUGCGGUCCACCCAAAUUGGUAGUUUCCUAAACCUUCCCAUACGUGGAGAAAAGGAGGGAACCAUAAAUGCUCAGCAUACCAGAUCCAUCAGUGUUUUUGCAGUACAUAAAAUGGGCCCUUAGUUUAGAAUUCAUGGCCUGAUUAAUGCUAUUUGUAGGAUUGAAAUGUAAUUCAUGACUUUGUUGGGAUUGUUGAGGUGUGAUGCAUUUGGUUGGUAUUUUAUGAUGUGAUCCCCAGAUCCAAUGUUUGAAAAUGCAGAAUCAAGUUAAUUUUGGUCUCCGUAUCUAAGGGUCCAAAACACCGUCAGUGUUGACCAUAAUUAUACAUUGUUACAGUUGAGUUUUUGGUUGAAAUCCUUGAUUUGAUUUGAGUCAUUG